UCCCCUGCAAAAUAUAAAGCAUCUUUUGAAUUCUCCGUUGAGAAUUAGCCCCCUUUGCUCAGGCUGUCCUCUCCCACUUGGAGUCUAUUUUGAGUGAAGGCUAGAUUGAGCUCGAGGGUGAUUUAUUUGUAAACUGGAGACUUGAUGGUGGGCAUUUCCAAAACGGUUUCUUACAGUUCCUGAAUAAUUACGCAGGGGAAGGAGGGGAGGGGGUUAUGGAGCGUUAAGAGCCGUAGAAGCACCUUGAGCGGCACGCUGCUGCCCAGAACGAGAGCAGAGUGCUCGCUUUCCCCUUCCUCCGCAGCCGCUCCGCCCUCCGCGGCUCCUGCCGCGGUUUCCCAGCGCCCCGCGCGGCGGCGCUCGACUUGGCCCAGCGCGGCCCUGGGGAGGAAAGGCGGAGACGCCGCCUCAAGUCCCGGGCGUUCCCCGCGAUGCCGCUGCUGAUUAACGGGGAGCGGAUUGAUCUGACUCGGCUCACGAGAGGCGUGAUCCGCGCCCACCCGCACCUCGAGGAAAAGGCAAAGCUUCUAAGAAGUCAGCCUAUCCAAAUCGUGGAACCCAAAGGGCUUCUGUAUGUCCAGCAGAGAGAAUUUGCAGUGACCACCCCUCAGGAUGGUUCUGUGUCUAUUCUUGGAUCGGAUGACGCAACUACCUGCCAUCUUAUUGUGCUCCGACACACAGGCAGUGGAGCCACGUGCUUGACGCACUGUGAUGGAUCAGACACAGAAGCGGAGGUGUCGCUCAUCAUGAGUUCAGUAAAAUCUUUCUCUAACACCACAGGUUAUGGAAGGCUGGAAGUGCACCUAGUUGGAGGUUUCAAUGAUGAUAGGCAGUUAUCACAAAAACUUACUAAUCAGCUUCUUAGAGCAUUUGAUCUCCAACCAGAUGAUGUUCAUUUAGUGACUUUCUGCGUAACAGAACUAAAUGACAGAGAAGAGAAGGAUAUUCACUUUCCAAUCAUUUAUGGAAUAGCUGUGAAUGUAAAAACAGCAGAGAUUUUCCCUGCAACUUUUCCAGAAAAAGGGCCAGAUGAGGAUUUGCGUUCAGCCCAUGUUUUAACAGGAGCAAGACUGACUAACAUCUAUGAUGCAAAGACCGAACAACUACACAUUGGACCUUAUUUUUGGAGGCCUUUCCCACAUGUGGAUUUCUGGUUGGAACAAGACGAUCACCAGAUUUUACAGAAUCUUUCCACAUCACCCUUAGCUGAGCCACCCCAUUUCGUUUCCCACAUUCGAUCUACGUUAACAUUUUUAAAAGAACAUCCAUUUCCAUCUCAUUCCCUGUUUCCUGAUAGAAAACCUCGCAUAUACAAAAAAAAUGAAGAAGGGUUAUGGGAACUGGUUUGUUCUGACAAGAUCUAACCUGGAACCCAACACCAGGUGCUUUAAGGAAGCACAGCAGUGCCAGAAGAACAGCAAGUUGUUGCAAAAAGCAUGCUGCUGGUCAUGUAUAGUACUGUUCCUAUGCUUUUCAAAAUAAAAUGUUUCAACAGGA